AUGGAUGCUAUAUCCCAAUUCCAACGUAUACCUUUAACGAAACAGAAAGAUUUUAGUUGGGUAUUCUUAGUUGACUGGAUCCUCAUUCUUAUAGUAACAUUAUUUGUUAUAUUCUACCUCAGUAGGACUUUAGCCUAUGGAAUAAGUUUUAUACUGGAGUGGUUUCUGUGGAAGCGAUCAAACGUCAAAAUCAAUAUUGAAUCGAUUAGGAUCUCCCCGUUAGGUGGUAGAGUGUUUUUCAAAAACGUUGUCAUUAUACAUCAAGAUUAUACGAUCUCAUUUUUAGAGGCAAAUGUUACAUGGAGGUAUUGGCUUUUAAAUGUAAGAAAGUCAGGAUACGAUACACCUGAGUUGCCAGACAAAGCUUCAGCAAACAGUGUGAAACUGCCGUGUCGUUUUUUUCUAGAGUUUGAAGGAUUGGAAAUUUUCGUUUACAAUAGAGGGGUAGCUUAUGAUAAUAUUAUUGGACAGUUUAGUAAAGAAGAGAGAAACCAAUUCGAAAAGUUUCUAAAUGAGCAAGUUUUUACAGACUCUAAGGCAGAGGUGAGUAACAGCGAGAGUAAUUCUGAGGAAGAUACUUUUGAAUCGGCAGGAACGUUUAAAUCUGAUUCAUCUACCACAAAUGACAGAGUUUUUCAAGAAGAGCUGUCAGAACGGCCUCAAUUUCUAGAUUUUCUCCCAAUUGAUUUCAAAGUAUCCCACGGUUCUUUAAUUAUCGGGAAUAAGUUCACUCCUUCCUUAAUGAUUGGAAGUUGCUCGAGCUGCACAGGGAUGAUUGAUGUUUGUCAACCCAGUGAGAAGCUAGAUCUUUAUAAGCUAAGAUUUCUUUUAGAUUUCAAGACGUUUGCGAUAGAUAUUAAACAAAAUAUUGGCUUUAAUGAAGAGUUCUCAAUGAAAUUUAAAAUCGACCGUAAUAGAGUUUCAAAAAUGUGGCAACAGUUUAAUAAGGUUCUUCUUACAUGUUAUUCGCACAUGAAGUUAUCACAUCUUAGAAGCAACAAGGUUUCUGAAGAGGAUCCCUUUUAUGAAAAAUGGCGUGGAUUAUCGUUAUACAGAGGAACAAUUUUCGGUAAAAGCAAUGAUGACAUUAAUGAUAUCGAUUUCGAUUUUGCUAAUCAUGAGUAUGCAAAAUUUAGUAGUAUUGUGAGAACGCCCCAGGCUAUUUUCACUUUUGAAUGUGACAUCCCAGGCAUUGUACCGCAUGGUGCUCACCCAACUUUAACGGCAACAGAUGGUCCAGAUGUUGGUAAUAGCGGAGCCCCCCCAGAAUUCUCCCUAGAGAUUCAAAUAUCGGGCGGCUCGAUUUGUUUUGGUCCUUGGGCACAACGUCAACUUAACUCGCUAAUCAGAUUACUGUCACCCAUAGCCUCCAGAAAUGCAAAACCUACGAAAAGACUAACACCUGGUUGCACAAGAAUCUAUACACAGUUUAAAACAACGAUAUCCACCACGGAGGAAACGACGUGGAGGAUUCCAACCAGAGAAUCGAGCAAAGAUCCUGAAUUUUUACAACAUUAUAGAGAAACAAAUGAAGAAUACAGACCUUUCGGUUGGAUCGACUUGAAAUUUUCAAAGGAUACCUACAUCUGUUCCACAGUUGCUCAAUGUCCUACAAAGGAAGGCUUCAAAAAUACGCUAGAUAUACAUUUGGGAGAUAACGAAAUUAGAUCAAGUGUUAACCAUGAUAUAUUAUUAAAGUGCAAAUCGUUCAAUUUUGUUAUGGAUAUAGGAUUCCCACUAGGCUGGAAUGAAGAAGCAACUUGGACUAUCGAUUUAGAGUCUACUCAGUUAGAAGCAUUUAUUUUACGGGAACAUAUCACACUAAUAGCAGAUACUUUGACAGACUUUUCAUCCGGGGAACCGACUCCUUAUGAAUUAUUUCGCCCAUUUGUUUAUAGAAUCAAUUGGAAAAUCAAUGGGUAUUCACUUUACUUGAACGUCAAUGAUCAUAAUAUUGUUAACAACCCUUUAGAUUUUAAUGAGAACUGUUAUCUAUCCUUCCAUGGUGAUAUUCUACAAAUUGACUUAGUCGUUCCAAAGAGAGAAGUAUCUGCGGGAUUUACCGAGGUAUCUUAUACAAUAUACACUCCAAUGUUCCGACUUGUGUUAAAUACACCACCUUGGAAUACUUUGAAUGAAUUCAUGAAAAAUAAAGAAGUCGGAAGAUCGCACGACUUCAAAAUAACAGGAUCUUAUCUUAUAUAUUCCGAGUUAGACAUAGAUAAUGUCGAUACUAUCAUUAUCGAAUGCUCAAGCCAGAGUACAGUACUGCAAUGUUAUGGUUUUGUUAUCCGUUAUCUGACCAAUGUCAAGAUGAAUUAUUUUGGUGAUUUUUUCCAUUUUGUUACUUCUGAAGAAUAUACAGGUGAAAUUAGGGCAAACGAAGUUCAGAACCAAUUUACCGAUAGGCAAUUAUACGAAGACAAAGCAUCGUUAUCUUCAUACGAAUCAAUAGAGACGAGCAGUGUCAGGAAAGAACAAACCGGAGACUCAAAAAUCAAAAGAUCCGACCUUAAGCGUGCUACGAAUGAAACUGAUUUAUGGUUUACAUUCACUGUGUGGGAAGGUGCGAUAUUACUGCCAGAGACAAUAUAUAAUUGUGAUCCAUGUAUUGGACUACAUUUUGGAGAACUUCUAAUCGAUUUCAGAAGUUGUAAUUAUUAUAUGGACCUACUAGCAAGUAUGAAUGAUAUAAGUCUUAGGCGCUAUAUCGGCAAACAACAGAAUGAAAUAUACGAGUCAGUUCGGCAAGAUAAUGGGUGUGGUAAUAAAAAAUAUGGAUCUUUAAGUGACAUGGUAAUACAUGCGCACAGGAUGUAUGGUUUGCCGCCAUUAGAACCUACUUACUUUUGUCAGUGGGAUUUUUCAUUAGGCACCUUAGAUUUAAACUGUGAUAUUUCAUUUUUGGAGGGCUUUAUAACGUCUUUCAACAAGAUCAGCUUUGGGUUAGUCGAUCUAGAAAAUAUACUACUGUACGAAAAGGAGGUCAUCGAUGAUAUGACAUCACUUACUGUAGAUGUGAAAAAGAUCUCAAUUAUGAUAAGGGAAUCAGAAAUGGACACUUUUCUACUUUGUACUGCUGAAGAGCUUUAUUUUAGUAAUAUAAACUUUGAAAAUGAAAAAUAUUGUACAAGGCUAGACUUAAGAAUCCCAAUCUUUAACCUUUUCAUGUAUACUAUGAAUGGGGCUAAGAAGGAGAAACUAUUUGAGUUUGAAACGAAAGUCAACCUGAGCAAUUUUGAAAAACCUAAUGAUAUUGCUACACAUAAAUCAAAACAGCAAGAGUAUAUAACGCUACAUGAUGCCCCUUAUCAUCGAUGUGCAUUUAUAUUACCGCCAUCGUUGCAGGAUUCUGAAAUCUAUCAAGACUUAUUUGGCUCUAUUGCUCCGUCUUCAUCAUUACCACCUCUACCAAUCCCUUUACUUCCAGCCACCAUUGAUUAUAUAGUCGAUGAUCUUCUGGGUUGUUUCCCUGAGAUAUUAGAAAGUGAGAACCCGUUCAGGAUUCCGUUUAGCCCAGCUACCAGUCCAAAAUUGGGGAAUCCUUUUGAAGGUUCCGAUACUGAGAGCGAUGAAGAACUUGAUCCCUUGGAGUUCAAAACAGAAACAUCGGGGGAUUCAGAAACCUUCGCUUCUGAUAAUUUUGUAAUAGAUAUCAGUUAUUGCUCCCUAAGUAUCAAUCCACGUCUUUGGAGCUAUUUAGACAAUUGUCGAGAGCAUUUUUGCUCCCAAGAUAUUGUACAAAUCCUUGAUGAUAUUGAAAUCGGCAUUGUGAAUCACUUAAGCGAUUUGCAAGAGGGAAUAGAAACUGCUCGGAAUAUUAAGCUUCAAAUUUUAUACCUGGAUCUCUUUUGGGGAGACCGGCAGAAUGCCGGUAUAAGCUUAUAUCUUGAUAGGAUUGACCUUGAAAUGUGUCAAAAGAUGCUCGAAGAAAAUAAUGAAACAAAGAUAACAGAAGUUACAUUUCUAAACAAGAUUCGUUCUGUUAGAGCGACUAUUAAUGAAGCAUCAUCGGUUGGUAAAGCUGACGAACGACCACCUGCUUUAUCAUUAGUUAUAGAGGGGUCCGAAAUAUGGUCCUGUAUAACCAAUGCUCAAGUAAACUCACUUAAUAUUUUAUCGGCUGAUAUUACUAUAGAUGAAGCGCAAAUCGAUUGGCUUUUUCAGUAUAUCGACAAGCAACUUACGUUAAGUCAAGAAAUUGCAUCAGCCCUACAAUCUAUCCAAGAAAGUCGGUCGACUACAAGGAAACAACUUGUUUCAAAAUUGGCAGUUGCUAGCGAAUACUAUCAAAUUAGUCAUGAUCCUUACGUCAUAACGAAACCAGCAUUUAUUACAAGACUAUCGAGAGGACAUGUUAGAGAAAAUCGUAGCUGGAAAAUUAUAACAAGGCUACGUCACAUAUUAACUUACCUACCAAUUGAUUGGUUAAGGGUUAUCGAUGAGAUGAGAAAUCAACAAGAUUCUCAUACCUUGCCUGAUCCGGGGAAUGCUUUUAUUUCCGUAUUCUCUAAUUGGAGAAACUGGGAAUUCUCAGAUAUUGCUAGGUCAUAUAUAUACAGAAACAUGUUUUCUGAAGGACAUUCGAAGAAGCAAGAGAAUUCGAUGGAGAAUUCUAUCAAGCUAAAACUAGCUUCUCUGUUUUUUACAGUAUACAGUACUGGUUAUGAAGUGGAACAUAAUUUUAUCUUAACGAGAACAAAUGUAGUAGUGGAAACCCUUCCUGCAAUUUCCGACUCUUCAAUAAUACAAGAAAAAAUAAUAAACGUGACAGGUAGCUUAGGUACUAUCAAAGGUAAAACAAGUCACAAACUAAUAAACUUGAAAAAACUUUUACCUGAGCUAUCAAUGAAGAAGAAUCUAAAGCCAUCAACACCGUUUCUGAGAUGCUUUAAGUUAAAUAUGUUGCUUUUGUUUGAAAGGAGCGAGCUACAGUUUGUUCUCGGCGCCUCAAAAGUAAUGUCGAGAGUUUUCGGUGGGAAGCUAAGUAUGCUAUGGGAAAGUCCAAAAGAUUUGGCAAGCAAGGCUAUUUCAAUGACGGUUUAUGCGCAGCGGUCAGAAAUGUGGAUGAAACAUCAUAAUAUCAUUUUAGCAGAAUCACAGAUGAGAGAGUUUUCAAUCAUUAUAACUGCUGAAUCAUGGUCCUAUAAACCUACCGUUCUGGUUAAUCUACAAUGUACUGAUAUUCACUUUCGAGCCAUGACAGCUACCGAUGUCCUUGCAAAAUCCGUCGGGGAAAUAAUUGAAAACAUUAAAGAGCUUGAAAAGUUGUUUUAUUCAGAUAGUGACUCUGGAAUUCAGCAAAUAUCUCAAUAUCCUGUCAUGGAACAAAAAAUUAAUAUGGUUUUGACCUGUUAUUUCACCAAUGUAAACCUAGAAAUUAUGCCCCUUUCUCCCUUUUCUUUCCGACAUAAUGCUAAACAGCUGGAUAUAUAUUUCAACCGGCUCGGUUCGAAUGAUUUAGUCCUUAGUGUUUGGGAUACCGAUCUUUUCUUAAUUUCACAUCUGACCAAAGAAGAAUAUUUUAGAUUUUCCUUUGGUAAUAUUCAAUUGAAAGGUAAUAUACUAGAAAACCCUAACUAUACUAUUAAUAUAGAUGUUUCUGCAUCAAUUGUUAAGUUGACCCUUGGCGACAUUAGGCGGUUAAUUCCCAGCUUCUUGCAGGAUGAAAAAAUUCUUAUCGAAAGUCUCGAGCAAUUCAGUUCGUUAAAACUCUUCCAAAGGAAGAAACCAGCUCCUUCUACAGAAAAAAGUGGAAGAACAGUCACUUGGUCGCUAGAGUCGAAUAUUAACUACUUUGGUCUACUGGUUCCAAUUUCUUCAACAUACUUUAUUCUGGAGCUACAUAUGCUGCUAAUGUCCCUAAAUAAAAUUCAAGGAAUCUCUUCAAAAUACAACGGCUUGUCAGGCCAAUUCUCGAUCGACAAUGUCUGCUUCCUGUUAAAAGAAAAAUCAUUACCUGCAGAUCUUUCUAAAAUACUAGAUUUUUCUAUCAAGGUUUCCACAUUACAAAAAUUGAAAGUAACCCCAAGAUCGUUUCAAAUAGAGAGUCCACAUUUUAGGGUUUGCUUAUCUCCAGGAUCAUUGGCUCACAUGCUUUGGCGUGGGAAUCAAGCACUUACAAAUAUUCGGUACUACAAAGAGCACACUUCAGUGGCUUGGGAAAAGGUCAUAAACUUUAAAAAUACUAAUAACUCAGCUGAAGUUCAAGCUGACUUUCCAUCCUUUCAUGUCUUAUCUUAUAAUUUCUGUGUUGGUUGGUUAUUUUCACCAGAGUUUGACAAUGAACCAGGGUUGAUUAUUGGGUAUAGCAGAUUAUUCUCAGCAUAUGAGAAGAAUUUUGGAAAACUUACUUUGAUCGAUGCCUAUUUUUCAGUAGCUAAUGGGAAAACUUCGGAUACCUUUUUCUCCAAGGGCCACGAAAAAGACAGAUAUAAUAGAAGCUAUCUUCCAAACAUGCAAAUCUCUUAUUGGUUAAAAAAUGAGGGCUUAUUAAGGGAUGUUUAUCUUAGAUUCCAUGGAGAAGCAUUGGAUGUCAAUUUCUUGGCCUCAUUCAUAGAUGUGAUUGAGUCGUCUCUGGAAUCGAUCCAAAAAUUCCAAGAAUUGAAAAGAGACUUAGUAGGGACUGCAAGCAAUAUUAAAGAGCAAACACAGUCCACUACUCAGGAACCUAUAGGUGAUAUUUCUCCUUUUUUUACCGGAAUAAGAUCAAUAAAUUGCCAAUUCCAAUACGAUGGUGGGGUUUUUAAGGUAUUUUCUUCCGCCGAGGCAAGUAAUCAUUUAAAGCCUUCAUUUGAGAUCAAAAGUCCGAAUGUAAUAAUAGAUAUGAAUUACAAAUAUAACGAGAAAAAGACGCAAACCCCAACUUGGAUAAGAACGUUAAUCACAAUCAAUUCUACUCAUAACACGUUGUUCGCGAAAUGUGCUCCACUUAUUGCAGAAUUCUCGGAGGGUAUCCAGAAAAUGGUCAAAAGGCAUAGUUCUGAUCGCGAACCAAGCGGGACCAAUAUAUCAAAACAAAACAUUGAUUAUAAACGUAUGCUCGACUCUUUCGAUGUAGCUGUAGAAGUAAUAUCAGCUAAACAAUUGCUGAGUCUUUGUUGUGAACCAAGAGCCAAAGUACAGGCUGACAUUGGGUUUCAAUCCUUUACAUUUACUGUUACAACAAAUGAUUAUGAUCCAGAAGAGCCGCUCAUAUUUGCACUGUCUGUUGAAAAGACCGAAGCAUCAAUCAAGCAUAUUUUCUCCAGAGAGGCAAGUACAUCAUUUGGGGUUGACUUUAUUGACUUAACAGUGAUGUUCACUCACCCGAACUCUAUUAACAUUCUUGGAACUGGUCUAAUUUCCGAUGUUCACGUUUUUUUCAAUGUUAAACAAUUACAAAAUCUUUAUUUAUUUUUAGAUAUUUGGAAACUAAGCAAUCUCUUAAACUCGAAACCAAUGAAUGAAGUUGUGAAAAGUAGAACUGAUCUUAAGUCAUUAUCAAGUGUACAAAGUAAGGACACAGACUCUACCAUUCCAUGGUGCUUUACUCUGAUUUUCAGCAACAUUAAUGGUGAUGUCGAUUUAGGACCUACAUUAGGAGUUCUUUCAUUGCACUUUAAGAGGACAUGGUUUGCGACGGACCAUUAUAAAAGUACUAGGAAGGUUUUACACGCAUAUACCAAGGGAAUAACAUUAACUUCGAAAGGACGACUAAGUGGGAUACUAGAAUUAGAUGGUGCGAGCUGGAUUUCUGAAGUAAAUUGGCCGAUAUAUGAAAACAUAAAUGAUUAUCCACUAGUUUCUAUUUCACUAAAUAUAGACCGCGUUGAAACAAAAGUGGCCUUUGAUUACCAUAUGUUUUUAGUUGGUGCCAUUAAUAACAUCGACGUUCACAUUCACAGUGAGAAGGACAUCAACGGAAUCAAACCUGAUCUAUUGAAAGUCAAUGUCAUAUGUGAGGCCAUUAAGUUAUGUUCGACUGCAUUGGUUGCAGCCAAUAUUCUCGAUAUUUAUAAUACAGUCAUGCGUCUUCGCCAAGAUAAUAAAAUAUCAUAUAUUGAAACACUUAAAGAAUCAAAUACGUCAGAACCUCGGCAGGCACUUGAUUAUAAGGACAUACUAAGAUCGUUAAAUCUGAUCCAGACGGAUGUCUCUGUCGACAUCUAUACGUUGAAUAUACAAAUAUCACCCAUAAGUUUAUUUGAUGCAGAAAUUUUAGUAGUCAAUAUAGAAAAUAUAUCUGCACGUUCGGAAACACAUGCAGGGAAUAAAUUAAAGACGGAAUUGGAAAUGCAAGUGUAUGACGCAUCCGUUGCCUUAUCAACCUCAAAAGAAGAAUUGGAUGAAGAUAUAAUUGCUACUAUUUCGGUUGAAGAUUACAUGCAUUAUGCCGGCAGGAUCUCUGGCGGAGUGAUUAUCGAAGCUCCCAGGCUUUUGAUUGCCAUGACAACAUACCAAAAGGAGAAGAGCGAUAUUUUAGAAUAUUUAUACACCUGCUCUUUUGGAGAUAAAAUUUCUGUCCGGUGGAAUCUUGGUCCCGUGAAUUUCAUUAAAGAGAUGUGGGCGACUCAUGUAAGGGCUAUGGCCGUUCGUAGAUCACAAAUCGAUGUAACCUUUGGCCCUGUGUCAGAAGAAGAUGUUGGAAAGCGGAUCAAGAAAGAAGAAGAGUUUUCAAGAUUUCAAUAUGUCCCAUUAGAGGAACCCCGUAUUGAUAUGCCACAGAUUAGAGACCUGGGAGACGCUACCCCACCUCUUGAGUGGUUUGGUCUUAAUCGGAAACGAUUUCCUGCUUUCACUCACCAAACUGCAGUCAUUCUAGUACAAAAAUUAGUCCAUACUGCAGAAAAAGAAUAUGGUAGCAUUUUAGGGCAUUCGCAAGCAAAGAACACAAAUUAA